GAGGUCUGUCUCUGGCGGUGGAGGGUCCGUCCAAAGCAGAGAUCAGCUGUAAGGACAAUAAGGACGGCACCUGCACCGUGUCCUACCUCCCCACCAUGCCCGGAGAAUACAACAUCAUCGUGAAGUUUGACGACAAACACAUCCCCGGCAGCCCCUUCACCGCCAAGAUCACCGGCGAUGACUCCAUGAGGAUGUCUCAGCUGAACGUGGGCACGGCGUCAGACGUUUCUCUGAAGAUCACGGAGACCGACCUCAGCAGUCUGACGGCGAGUAUCACAGCGCCGUCCGGACACGAAGAGCCGUGCGUCCUGAAGAGGCUUCCCAACAGACACAUUGGGAUCUCGUUCACGCCGAAGGAAGUGGGCGAGCACGUGGUGAGCGUGAAGAAGAAUGGGAAGCAUGUGACCAACAGUCCCUUCAAGAUCAUGGUCGGACAGUCGGAGAUCGGAGACGCCAGCAAAGUGAAAGUGUUCGGGGAGGGGCUGAUGGAGGGUCACACCUUCGAGAUGGCCGAGUUCAUCGUGGACACCAGGAACGCAGGUUACGGGGGUCUGGGUCUCUCCAUCGAGGGUCCCAGUAAAGUGGACAUUAACUGUGAGGACGUGGAGGACGGGACGUGUAAAGUCACCUACUGUCCCACCGAGCCCGGGAACUACAUCAUCAACAUCAAGUUCGCCGACCAACACGUGCCAGGAAGUCCGUUCACGGUGAAGGUGUUCGGCGAGGGCCGGAUGAAGGAGAGCAUCACGAGGAGGCGUCAGGCGCCGAGCAUCGCCACCGUGGGAAGCACCUGCGAUCUGAACCUGAAGAUACCAGGGAACUGGUUCCACAUGGUGUCGGCUCAGGAGCGUCUCACGCACACCUUCACGAGGAGCAGCCACACCUACACCCGCACGGAGAGGACGGAGAUCAGAGAGACGAGGGCGGGGGAGACGAAGAGGGAGGUGAGGGUGGAGGAGAGCCGGCAGGUGGAGGAUCCGUACAGGGACUCCGUGUUCGGAGACUUCCUGGGGAGGGAGAGUCUGAGCGGGUUCAACAACAACAGCAGCAGCCGCCAGGCACAGCUGCAGGACGGUGAGGCGAGCAACCAGGAGAUGACGGCUCAGGUGACGAGUCCCGGAGGAAAGACGGAGGACGCAGAGAUCAUCCGGGGGGAAGACAGCGCCUACAGCGUGCGCUUCAUCCCGCAGGAGAUGGGCGCGCACACCGUGAACGUGAAGUACCGGAACCAGCACGUCCCCGGGAGCCCCUUCCAGUUCACUGUGGGGCCAAUGGGGGAGGGGGGGGCGCACAAGGUCCGGGCGGGGGGCACCGGGCUGGAGCGGGGCGUCGCCGGGACCCCAG